AUGCUGAUCCAGUUUUCUGGAUUUGAAGUAGACCGUGAAUGGUUACCGACUUUCGAAUCUGACCCACAGAAAGCAUGUGGUUACAUGGCUGUGAUGAAAGUGGCAUUGCGUGACUCACCACAACCAGAAGACCUGUUGGCCUGGCUUGAGACAAAUCACACUGUUUGGGCAGAGCGUGACAGCAGAGUCAGAGAUCGCCUGAUCAGCAGUGGUUUUAUGAACGACACUGUCAUUUGGCUGUGUCGAAAAUAUGCACAAGACUGCGUUGUUACCGCUAAAGUCAUGGCAAGGUUGCUAAGCGGGUUCCAAUGUCUCAGUGACUGGGUGGGUCAUCCUACACGAAAUGCCCAUGCUGCAAAGUUCAAGGAAAUAGCAAAGUGUUUUUGCCAGAUCUGCAUCGUCGGUUGCGAGGAAGACCAGUUGUUGGAAAUCUUUCUGUCAACUGCUAGACGUUUUGUGUUCGGCGACCAUGUCGGAUUUCCAUAUUGCUUCGCGGAGCUAUAUGCACAGCACCUGACGCUUGCGUGGACUAUUGUGUUUAACAAGAUCGAAGGGAUGAAAUAUAGUAGUACAAAAGAGAAGCUCCAUGCCUAUUUGAAAUUUUCCAAAAAGGAAUUGCUCUCUCUUGGUGACACAAGAUCACAAGCGAGAGGCCUCGAAGUUGUCUUCAAGGUCGUGUCAGAGGAAGUUAAGAGAGAGAAAACGGAAAUACCAGCUGUGAUUGGAGCACUUCUACAACGUAUGCUAGCAAAAGAGAGUCUUGAGCGGAAGGACUAUUUUCUUCGGAGCAUCGUUGAGUACAUUGGUGGGCGUUCUGAUGGGAACAAACCGGAGUUGAAGACCAAAUACGAAAAGACAUGCGGUUAUCCAAGUCAAAGGCGCAUCACAGCUUGGGAACUAUGGAUGCUAGAACACAGCCAUGCGGUAUACGAUUAUAUGGAUGAGAACAUAGGGCGAUCGAUUUCCAAGUUCCAUUAUUGCAGUCGGCUUCGCUACGGUUCAAAUUGCGAAGAAAAGCAAGACGAAGAAGACAAAAAAUCAAAACAGGGAAACGAAGCGGAAGACUCUGAUGAAGAGUGCACCCCAUGUCGUCCGUCCAAAUAUCCUCGUGUUGAUGAGUAUGACUACGAUCAUGAAGUUAAGGCCGAAAAACUUGAGUUUGCGAGACAGUAUUACAUUCAGCAGGUGGAAAAGCAUCUUGAAACUGGGAUAUCCUGCAGUUUUCUGUGA